AUGGCUCAAAAUUUUGGGAGGAUCCCUUCACAUAAGUAUUAUGUGCUAAGCCUAUAUCGUAUUGUUCUCAGAAACAUUCCAAAACGUUGUUGCUCAUACGCAUUUCAAUAUGAAAUAAAGAAAAACCUUUCGAGACAGUUGACCAAACACAAACAUGACAAAUCUAGUUGGAGUGUUUAUAUUCUACUUGAUAAAUUUAAGCUGUUGAAUAGCUAUCUUUCGGAGGGUAAAUUGCAGGAAAUUAAAAACUUAAUUAAACCGCUGAGGAAGACAUCGAAACAAUUGAAAACAACAAAGAUCCUUGGUACUUUGACCGACCUGGGAGAUAAUACGGUUCAAAGUCCGGAGGAAGUAAGAAACCUUCAUAUAUUAGAGACUUAUAUUAAACAAAAGCAAGAUUUAGGCCUUUUACCUAUCUAUGUACCAAAAACGUACAAGAUCAAUCUCCUAUUACCAUUAGCAUUGAAUGACCACGCAUGUGUGAACUUGUACAACAUUCAGCAAAAACUGGAAAAAGGUUCCCCCUCUGCUAGAAUGUCGUAUACAAAAGAAGGAAGAAAUCAAAUAUGGUUUGUUCGAUCACCUGUUAAUAAGGGCAAAAGACAAUCCAAAAAACUGGGGGUCUUGAUACGACAAGAAAGGAAAGAUUCUCAAAAAAAUGUCGACAAUCUCAAUUUUUGUGAAGCAAAUGUUACUUGGGCAUUACAUGAGGCUAUUUGGGAGGAAUAUUUAGAGUCCAAGAGGAUAAUUAAGAUAAACUUGACAAAGUACUUGGAUUACAAUAUAAAUAGGUCAAACAAAACGACUAAAUAUAAUCCAGUAAGCCAAAUUCAAAAAAUUAAUGAGUGGGUAGAUCCCGUGAGGGAAGUAAUGUUCAACUUGCAGUCUAAAAGUUUUCAAAAAGUGGAGUACUUUGCCAAUUAUAAGGACAAGCUUUUAAAAAAGGGCGGUCAAUUGGCCUAUUUUGAUAAAAUAUCAAAGGAGAUGUAUUUCAAACGGGUGAAGUCUUUUGAAACGAUGUGCGAAGAAGCAUUACCGCACGUUACACCAUUUAUAAUGAAGAGAGACUUGCCAAAUGUUCUGACUAAGUACGGUUUCAAGCAAGCAAGCAGGUAA